UUUUUGAAUUGGGCAGCAGGCUGACACCUUCUCUGGGCCAUUAUGAAGUUGUUUGCUGUCUGCGGACUGAAGCGGCCACACUUCGAGCAGUUUGCCUGUUUCCACACAGAAACAACAACAAUGUGUUGAUACGGGCUCGAAGUUCAACGGAGACAUGUUACUUUAUCUGUGAGGACAGUUUUGGACCGAAGAGGAAUCACCAGGACUUGUUCGUAGUGUUGUGGACUUACUAGCCCGGAAGCUAGCUACGUUAGCUGGAGAGCUAAUUCUCUUUGACUGGCUGAGCAGCCGGUUUGUAUCCGAAGGCUCCGUUUUACGGUUCUUUUCCGUGUGUUCAACUAGUUCUCUCAGGUCGUAUCCACUAAAACAAGCGUUUGGACAGUUUGGUGCCUCCUUAGGUUCCUGCCAUGGCUGACAGCAGCAUAGUGACUUUGGGGACAGCUCGGAGCCUGUUGGUGGAUUCUUCGGUCUAUGAUUCGAGGAUCGGCGAAACCACCAAGGACCAUGUAUUUCUGGGCAUGGCGUCUGAAGAUGGGGAAGAUAUGCUGCCAAAAGUGGAGACAAGGGUUGUUCUGGUGGGAGAAGCCGGCAGAAAUGGAGCACUGGUCAAAGCACUGCAGGCCGUCAGAGUAAUGGAGGUACCAGUGGUAAAGAUAAGAGAAGGCGAGGCGGGCGCCGAGGAGAAAAUGAUGAUAAAAUCUAUAGUCAAUAUGGACAUCAACACCCCGUGCAUAACGUCGGACAAUGUCAAGGAGUUUGGAGAUGAAGACGGCACAGAUUUUGAGACAGUGUUUGUCCUCACAGACUUUGAUUGUCCGGACUACACCUACCUCUAUAAACGUGACAACCGCAUUAUUGGGCCUCCGGUUUUGCUGCGCUGUGCUGCGAAGGAAGAACCUCUACAGUUUUCAUGCCGUCCUCUCUACUCCACCACCAUGCUUAACCUGUCACUGUGUUUCACCGGCUUCAGGAACAAAGAGGAAAUGAAGAACUUGGUGAAUCUGGUUCAUCACAUGGGAGGAACCAUCCGGAAAGACUUCAGCACCAAGGUCACUCAUCUCAUCGCCUACUCCACUCAUGGGGAGAAAUACAGGCUUGCGGUGUGUUUGGGGACACCCAUCCUCACUCCAUUGUGGAUUCAUAUGGCCUGGGAGAGAAGAAAUGACGUGCACUUCCAUGCUGGAGAAGAGGAAUUUCGAACAGAGUUCAAAGUUCCUCCCUUCCAGGACUGCACCCUGAGUUUUUUGGGUUUCUCUGAAGAGGAGAAGGCCAACAUGGAGGAGCGCACUCUUAAACAUGGUGGUAAAUAUCUUGAGGUUGGAGAUGACAGCUGUACACACAUGGUGGUGGAGGAGAAAUCAGUAAAGGAUCUGCCAUUUACUCCCUCCAAGAAACUCUUUGUGGUCAAAGAGGAGUGGUUCUGGGGAAGUAUUCAGAUGGAUGCUCGGGCUGGAGAGUCCAUGUACCUCUACGAGAAGAACGACAGUCCAGCCAUGAAGAAGGCAGUGUCUCUACUGUCCCUCACAACACCAAGCAGUAACCGUAAGCGUCGGCGCAUCAAGGACACGCUGGCGCAGUUCACUAAGGAGACAGAGAUCUCCCCCUUCCCUCCACCACGCAAGAGGCCAUCAGCAGAGCACUCCCUGUCCAUGGGCUCUCUGCUGGACAUCUCUAACACCCCAGAGACAUGCAAGGCCUUGGCAGAAGGCAGAGUAGGAAACGGUUCAGAAAGGAAAGAAGGCAGUGCUGUGAACACGGAUAGAAUGAGGAGAAGGAGCAACAGGAUCAAGAAGGUUAGGACAGACAGGGGACAGUGGAGAUCCUACCUGAGUGCAAGUACCCUGCAACCACCCGAGGAACAGCAUAGAACAUCUUCAGAGAGUACGAAGCCAUCCAGGAGUUCAACUCCGGUUGUGUCCAAGCAGUCAGCCAGGUGGCAGGUCUCCAAGGAGCUCUACCAGACUGAGAGCAACUAUGUAGACAUUUUAAGCACCAUCCUCCAGCUUUUCCAUCAUCCAUUGGAAAAAGAGAGUCAGGUUGGCGGACCCAUCCUGGCCCAAGAAGAAAUAAAGACAAUAUUCGGCAGCAUCCCAGACAUCUAUGAUGUUCACACCAGAAUAAAGCAUGACCUGGAGGAACUUCUGACAGACUGGCGAGAGGAAAGGAGUGUAGGAGACAUCAUUCUCAAAUAUUCUAAAGAGUUGGUGAAGGCCUACCCACCGUUUGUCAACUUUUUUGAAAUGAGCAAGGAGACUGUUGUUCAGUGUGAGAAACAAAAGCCACGCUUUCAUGCUUUUCUGAAGAUCAACCAAUCGAAACCAGAGUGUGGCAGGCAGACACUGGUGGAGUUGCUGAUUAGACCUGUACAGAGACUGCCUAGUGUGGCUCUUCUUCUUAACGACAUAAAGAAACAUACAUCAGAUGACAACCCUGACAAGAUAACACUGGAGAAAGCAAUUGAUUCUCUGAAAGAAGUCAUGACUCACAUCAAUGAGGACAAGAGAAAGACUGAGGGCCAGAAACAGAUCUUCGAUGUUGUUUAUGAAGUUGAUGGCUGUCCUGCCAACUUGCUGUCAUCCCACCGCAGUCUGGUUAACCGAGUGGAAACUAUUGCCCUGGGAGACCAGCCAUGUGACCGUGGAGAAAAUGUCACCCUCUUCCUCUUCAAUGACUGCCUCGAGAUUGCAAGGAAGCGACACAAAGUGAUCAAUACAUUUAAGAGUCCACUGGGACAGACAAGACCCCCUCCACCACUCAAACACAUUGCACUGAUGCCACUGUCGCAGAUCCGCAGAGUGCUGGACCUGCAGGACACAGAAGACUGUGUGAAUGCAUUCGCCUUGGUGGUUCGCCCUCCGACCGAACAGGAGAACUUGUUGUUCAGCUUCCAACUGGCCGGAGAGGACACGGUUAAAAGCGCCUGGCUGCGAACACUUUGCCGCCAUGUUGCCAACACCAUCUGCAGGGCUGAUGCGGAGGACAUGAUUCAGUGCACAGACCCAGACUCACUGCAGGUCAGCACUAAGGAUAUGGACAGCACCCUGAGUAAAGCAUCCAGGGCCAUUAAGAAGACAUCUAAAAAGGUGACAAGGGCGUUUUCAUUCACCAAGACCCCAAAGCGUGUGAUCCAGAGGGCAUUCAUGGCCAACAGUACUCCAGAUGAGAAAACCCAGAGGCUGAGUUAUGAGACCCGCAUCGGCAGCAGCUCCACAUUGGCUAUGUCUCGCUCUGCCUCUACAUUCAGUUUGAGUGAUUCUGCCAAGAGCACUGCUGUGGUGCAGCGCUCAAACUCUCUAGACCACCCUCCUGUCAGAGCCAGGGUCCCUGUCUGUGUCCGUACCCCCUGUAGCCCAACCCAAAACCCUGCCCAUGGCCCUGGUCCCAGCACCGCCCCUGAGUUAUGCAAAAGUCCCUCUGCCAAAUAUUGUCCUAGUGCCCGAGAACCCACGUCCAUUCUUCAUGCUCCAUUAUUGACCCAACCAGCACAAGUUUUUUCAAGCCUCCCCACUUCACAGCAGUCCAUCACUUCCACCACUUCAAUUCCAGCCACCCGAAACUCCACUCAGCUCAGCUACAAAAUCACCCAGCCAAAAUCCAGCCAGCAUGUAUCCAAGCACCAUCUAGGGUUCCAGCUUAGGUCCCUGGCUCCUCAGUCUGUUAAUGUCAAAGGGGGGACCUUGUCUGAAUCAUGCAGAGAUCCCCAAGUCCCCUUGGACCCACGCAAGGCUGUGCUGACCAGUCAUCGCAGGGAGACUCUGCUCUAAACCAUUGCUAAAAUCAAUCCCGGAGCCUGAUGCACGCCAUUCACCCUCCAUGGUCCAUCUGCCUUCCAUGUUUGAGAAGAAGUACCACACAUUCAGUCGUUCAACCACCCACCUUAUCUGAGACGCAGCCACAUGGGAGCACCUGUAGAGGUCCAGCCAUCUUUUCACCUCUUUUGUCUUGACUGACAUCACCAGCAGGAGGUGAGAAGACAGGCUCGUGUGUCCAAAGUUAACACUACAUGUAUAGUAUGGCAGAGCAGUAUUUGUCCAUACUGGAGCCCUUGACAGACUUUCAAAAUCCAGACGAAUUUGGAAAAAGAAGUGCACUGAAGCUGUGGACGUCAAUCUGAUAUGUGGCAGUAUCAGAGUCCUCCAGCAACUGCUCAACGGACGUCCUGGCUGGAGCUUUGGCCAAGUAUGGUUGAAACAAUAUGCCAGUUGUUCAUUAACCUGACACCUAUCAUAUGAUUAUUCACCGACACCUCGUCUGAUCUUGAAUGAAGACUGUAUCACGAGGAGCUAAGUGAAACGGUACUACACCAUGCUCGCGGAUACAGGCGUGUGCCUCACACGUACAAAUGAAGGAUGUUUUUCUUUUUGUCUGCAUUUUCUUAUCAUCUUGAUAGAACUCAUUUUUAAUAUUAUUUAACAAACACUUUCCAUAUUCUUUGUACAUAUGUUGCCAUUGUCCAGUGAAGAACACUAACUACUUUGACAACGAUGUGGUUGAUACAGACGCCUCAUGCUGUCCUCUGGAUUCCUGUUAUAUUCCACUGAGCUUUGCUGAAGUAAAUCAAUAUUUAGUUGAAUAUGCUGAAGUGCUUCGGUGCAAGUUACAACAACACACAGGUGACAGGUAACACAUGCAGGCUGUAAACCUCUGUGUGUGCUUCAUGGACUCAUUACAGCUGAUCCCUCUUACCUUAACUGGGCCACAGCUCUUUUAAUUAACUGACUUAGUGAGAGACCUUCAUAUUAGCUUACAUUUAGUAUUUUGUUGUAAAGGGGUUUGAUUUAAUUUCACCUGAUAUAUGAUUAUAAUUAACACAUUCCUUAUGAAAAGCUAUGAUGCCUUCCAGCUGUUUUAAAGUUUCUAUUUUAACAUUAAGAGAUUUGGUCAAGAAGAAUAAAAGUGCUUAAAGUUCUUACUUCCUGUUCGGCCGUUCACGUUUAAAAAUAUGUUUUUACAGUAUGUCUGUGUCUAUUCCAAGAAGGGAUUCUGCGUCAGUGUACAUAUUUAUUCUGGAUGAAUACAUUUUAUACCAGUUUUCUAUUUUCUCGUUUUAAUUUAUGUUUUUCCCACUUUUAUGUUGUUUUGCUGCUCUGAGCUUAAAUCAUCUCCUGUUGUUUGAUCUCUGUAUUAAAUGCACUUAAAUACG